GUGACAGACACCUGGACAACUGGCUCGUCGUCUUCGUCUGGGUCUGUUAUGUUGUAGUCACUGGAAUUUUGUUCGCUAAACACGCUCAGCGUGUCCUCUGUGAGUGUAGAUGCAGUAGAUCGAGUGAAAUAUGUGCUGGUUUCGGACCCAGAAUCUUGUGAGUCAAAAAGUAAUCUGCGCCGCUUCAUGUUGGAUGUCUGGACAGACAUGAAAUGGUCGAUGGUUCUGAUAGCAGACUUGCGGGCCUUUGGCUCUGACGCAGACCGCACCACAGGCUUGCUUUUGACUUGGAGCAAGGCAUCGAUUGUUCUGGAUUGUUCUUUUGUGGUGAUUUGCGCUUUGGGAGCGAUGUUAGGCCGGGUACUAGAGGCUUCGCGGCCCGACAAGGGGAGCUUUGUUAUUGGAUCCAGCUCGCCUAUGGCAAUUUUCCGGUGAAGUUCGUGGUUGUGCAUUUUCCCUGCACACCGUUCAACCUCGAGGAUAUCGUCUUCCGGGGACAACGGGUUCAAAUGCACGGGUUUCUGCGUUCGAGGGUCGAAAACAACCUGAUGGUUGAAGGCAGUGAUAGCACGGAUCCGGAGUCGUCCAGCUUCGUGAUAAAUACACCAUCUGUGCGUCUGCCUCGUACGGGGCAACCACGUAUUGGAUAUUUCUGCUUUUCAGUUCCUCUAUCACAGUGGCCGUGCCCGCUCAGCAUCACCUUCAGACCAGCCACAGCCACAGACGAUCUCUCCAUCCCCAGCAUCAGGUACCAGCUAGAUUACACGUACAAGGAGUCUGAUUUUUUGACGUUCGAAAAUGUAUCGCCUCCACUCGCAGGAACACAGUACACGGCCAUCGACCAGGGCAAUGCAUCUCCCAAAUUUGCGAGAAUGACACUCUACAGCGUCCCUAGCUCCGAGAAAUUGAGACAACAAACCAAGAUCCCGCUGGGCCUGGUCCUCACCCCCUUUGCCCCGAUCGCGUCUGGAGAGAAGCCUGUUCCGCAGGUCGACUUCCGCGAAAUGUCCUCGGUUCCUCGGUGCAGACGGUGCAGAGCUUACAUCAACCCGGCCAUGCAGCACGGAGGAUACAAUAUGAUCUGCAACAUCUGCACGUUUUCCAGCCCUGUUCCACAAGAAUAUGUCAGUCAGAUCGAUGCCAACGGUGUCAGGUCGGACUACUACGUGCGUCCCGAACUGCAUUCUGGCGUGUACGACCUGAUUGUGCCCAAAGACUACAAUUUCGAUGAAAAGGACUCUCAUCCGCUCCACCACGUGUUCCUUAUCGACCUCAGUUACGAGGCUAUUCGAUCAAAGUUCCAUGUGGCAGCCUGCUCUGCUAUCAGAAUGGCUCUGUACUUGAAUGGUCAGUCCAACCUCCCAAAGGGCUCCAAGGUAUCGAUUGUUGGAUUCGCCAAUAAAUUAUAUUUCUACAACCUGGCCCCAAGUUUGCAGCAGACCACUGUAUCGGUGGUGGGCGACCUGGAUGAUCCGUUUCUGCCCUUCUAUGACGGCAUACUCGCCGAUCCGAUAGACUCCUGCGCCAUCAUCGAGGCCACCCUGAGCACCAUCGAACAGCUGACCGACUAUUCUGGUCCCGAGCCAGCAUACGGCGCUGCACUGUUAGCCGCCAAAACCAUCCUCCAGGACGUCGAUGGUGGCCAAGUGAUCACCUUCCUUUCGGGCCUACCCUCAUGGGGACCAGGCUCGCUUGCCGUCAAGCUGCCUGCGCAAAAAACUACUCCCGACUAUGACAAAGAGGUGAUAACUGCAGGAAGCAAAUUUUAUCAGGACCUGCUGAAAGAAUAUGUCAAAUUGAACAUUGGCCUGCAUCUCCUGAACGGCGCGCACACGCCUGUUGACAUGGCCAACGCCGGACUCAUUCCUAUAAAGUCCGGCGGGUCAGUCAAGACCUGGCACAGCUUUAAUCUCGACCGCGACGAGGCAGAUCUCAUGUACACUGUCAAGCAUCUGGUGGCGGACGCGUGCGGAUACCAGGGCCAGCUGAAGGUGCGCUGUUCGAACGGACUGCAGGUGAACAAAUACUAUGGUGGAUUCCACACCUCGGGCCAGCCAGACGUGCCGUAUUUGCCUAUAUGCCAUAGCCAGACUAGUAUUGCCUGCGAUUUCGUCUAUGACGGAAAGCUGGACACCAAGAAGGACUCACAUUUCCAGGCUGCGCUGCUCUACACAUCUGCGGACGGCAUUAGGAAAGUGCGUGUCAUCAACUGCAUUAUGUCGGUGACGGAACGCGUAGCCGAUGUUUUCUCGUUCUCUGACCAGGACGCUGUUUUGAACCUUGUGCUCAGAGAGAGCCUGAGCAGAUUGCCAAACAUCAGCUUUGCCGCACUGCGCAGUUACCUCAACAUUCAGCUGGCUGACAUCAACGCAAUGUACAAGCUCUACGUUGCCAAGAACAACUCUUCUCCUGGUCAGCUUGUUUUGCCCCACGGGCUGCGCACGUUCCCGAUGUUUUUAUUGUCUGCGCUGAAAACCAAAGCUUUGAGAGAACGCACGGGCAACCCCGACCUCCGCGUCGAGAGUCUGUUCGACCUCGCAAAUAGCACGCCUGAAAAACUGUCCGUUUAUCUCUAUCCCGUGAUGGUCAGUCUGCACGACCUAGACGACUCCGAAUGCCUCUUUGACGAGCAAACUGGAUUUUUCUCCACUCCAAAGACCGUUGGAUUGAGCCAGGCAAACCUCGAGAUGGGCGGAGCGUAUCUCGUGUUCAACGGCAAGUCACUAUUCCUCUGGUUCCACACUGACGUUAAUCCGCUCCUGCUACAAGAUCUCUUUGGGGAGCAUGUCACUUCUCUGAGCCAGCUGGACCCUCUGACCUCGCAGUUGCCCGUUCUUGAUACCCAUAUCUCAUUGCAAGUGCGCAACCUGGUCAAGUUUUUGGGCAAGCACUAUCUCAACGUGGACUUCUUCCCUGUCCAGAUCUGUCGGUUCAAAACAGACGCAAACGAAGCUGAAUUUUUAGAGCUUCUCUAUGAGGACCGCUCGGGCGACCUUGUGUGGUCGUAUGCUGAUUUCCUUAAACAUCUUCACAAGCAGAUUACCGGAAAAGUCGAAACGAGCUCGUCGGCUCCAGCCAUAGAUAAAAAAGAUACUGUUUCGCUGGGAAGCAGGUUCGGUAUUUUCUGAGCUAGUUUACAAUCAUAUAAAUGCAUUUAUAGAUCAGUCUAGUACUUUUCCAACAGUGCCUCCUUCAACAAUGUGUUUCUGGGAGUCGUCCACCUUUCGCAGCUGCUUGCCGAGCGUAAUUUCGCCCAGCAACGCUGAGAUGGGGGCUGUUUCGGUGACUGCGCCGUUCGCUGCGCCGUUAGCCAGGGCAGGAGCUGGCGGGGCUGGCGGGGCUGGUGGAGCGGGCGCUGGCGGUGGCGGAGGAGCAACAGAAGCCGGCAUUGGUGGAGCGUCCACAGAUGCUGGGGGCGCUGGGGGCGCUGGUGCAGAAGGCACGGGUGGAGCCUUUAUGGCCUCAGAGUCGUCAGAAGAGUCCGGAGCAGCAGGAGCCUCCUCAAAGCUAUCAUCUUCGGAACUAUCUGAUUCCGGAGAAGAAACCGGGGCCUGGGGAAUUGGCGGAGCAGCCGGAACGGGUGGAAUUUCCUCAACUAGUGGCUUGUCCACCGGCAGAGCUGCAGGAACAGAAGGAACUGUUUCCGUGUCAGUUUCUGCCGUUGCUGGAGAAGAAUUGUGUUCAGCAGGCCGCUCAGCCUCUGUCUGUUCCACAGGCUUGUGUUGCUCGGUCUGCGGCGCAGAGUGUUCAUUCACUGUCGACGACGAAGACUUCACGCCCCCGCCAAAAAGCAUUGAGGCCAGUUCGGCCUGUUUCGAGGCAGCAGGCAUUUCGUCCUCGUCCUCGUCCUCCUUGUCCGAGUCGGACCAUCCGUCAUCGCUUAGACUUUUACCUCUUUGCGCCUCUCUCUGGGCCUUGAGUCUAUCGGCAUCGUAACUUGACUCGGAGGUGAGCUGCGGCUUGAAGAAUGGAUUAUUGCUCUUCGGCUUAGGCUCUGACUCUUCCACAGGAGCAGCCAUUUUCGCGAAUGGGUUGUUGCUGUGGGCCGAGGUCACAGAAGCUGCAGACACAGGCUCUGGGGCCUUUGCUGGCUCUCCAGCAGAGGGCGGAGGAACAGCUUCCCGAUUGGCCUGUGAAUCCUCCAACUCGUCUUCGUCGCUGCUCUCACCGCGCGCUUCCUUUUUCUUGAGCUCCUCCAUUUCUGCUCUGAGCUUGGCCAGACGAGCUUCUCUAUCCUGCUUCUUCUUUAGUUUCCGCUCGCGCUCUUUGGCUUCCAUUGCUUUUUUCUCGGCAAUAAGCCUCUUCAAUUCCUCUUCCUCAGCGUCGUCGUCGUCCGACGAAUCUUCUUCCUUUGCUGGAUGAGAGUUGGACACUUGGCGCGGAGCUGGCGGAGCUGGUGCUUGCUUAGGAACACUUGGUUUUGCUGGCUCUGCUGGGGCCUCCUGUUUUGGUUCAACAGGAGCUUGGGGAGGCACAGAUGCAGCUGAAGUCUCUGAACCAGAGUCCUGCACAGAUUCACCACUUCUCCUCAGCGAACCCUUGAUUCCCAGCUUUGCCAGCUUUUCCUCCAUCUUGCGCCGGGCCUGCUCUUUGAACUGUUGAGCCCGAGACUCAAGACUAUCCGGAGACUGAGAUGGGGUGGACGAGCGAGACACAGAUUCGUGUGUGACCGGCGCAACAGAAGGAGCAUGAACGGCUAGUUGCUGCGAAUCCUUUGGCUUUGGUGAUGGUUUUGAGGCGUUCAGCUCUCGAAUAAACGUUUUCACAUCGCUACUCUGAAUGUCGUUUCCAAGCUCCCACUUGGAAUAGCCGACUUGAGCAGAGUUGGUCAGAUGCAGCGAGCUGGAAAUGUCGUUCACCAACUGGUUGAUCGAGCCAGCAAUGUCCUUAACCAUGGAUUGCUGUUGCUGAGUCUCGUUCGUAAUACGGUCUAUGUCCUGAGAGAGUCUAGCCUCGUUAGCCUCGAACUGGUCGAGGUUCGGAGCAGGCUUUCCAGUCAGGGCGGCCAUUUUGGCUUGCAGCAUUGCUUUCUGCUUGGCUAUGCGCUUGUCUGCCUCUGUCACUUCGCCAUUGCGACCCGUUCCCUUGAUUUGAAUACCAGAAGGAUUUUCCUUGUGGAUUUUGAGCCUGGCAAUUUCGAUUUUGGCAUUCUUGAUCUUCUCGUCAAUCGAGCUGAGCUCAGAAACAAGCUUAGGAACCCGGUCGGUCAAUCUAUUCAGCUCUUUAGACAGCUUUUGCUUUUCCUGAAUGGAAGACCCGGCGUCCAACCCUGCAGCGUUCAAUUUGUCCUGCGCAGCUCUAAUUUUAACCUUGAGCAUAUCAAUUUCAUUGACAGUUUUCUGUCUUCCGUAGUCAUUGGCAAUAUCCUCAUCAGCUGCGUCAAUGGCAUCCAAAAGAAUCUUUUUCUCGUGCACUUUCUUUCUCAGCUCUUCGAUAGUCAACUGAUUGUCUGUUUUUUCGUCCGAUUUCUUCUUUGAGCUUCUAUGUCUUGCGUUGCUAACAUACCCGAUGGCAUCGUCGUCAUUUUUGUACCUGGUACCGUCGAAUGUGCUUGACGAGGAAAUAGGCUUUGGCCUGCUCGAUAUAGAGUCUUCCAUAAGCUUGCCCUUGAUCUGAUUCAUACUCUCGAGUAGUAAUUUCGAGGAAGGAGGAACUAGUUCAGGAGGCAGGACGUCUGGAAUGUCAAAGCCGUUCAAACGUCUGUAGAUCAGAUGCAUAGCCACCGCGAACUCGUCCUUGUUCAGCUUGCCUCUGUUGCCAGAAUCAGCAAGCGUCCAGAUUUUCUCCAGCUCCUGUCUAUUCAGGCCAGACUUCCCGAAAACAGUGAUUGCCGUGCUUCCUUCGACAUAGCCCUUUCUGUCGGUGUCCCACUUCUUGAAAAUGUUGUCGUAGAUGAGUUUCUCCUGUUUAGUUAUUGCCCACGUGACGUUGGAGGCAGCAUUUCCGCCCAUGGCGUUCGUCAAAUGGUGAGUCUGGGAGGAGGCGUUAGGCAUAAAGUGUGACUGCAUCAUGUCCAGACCUGGCAGACCACCAGUUGGCGCGGAAACAAAGCCCCACUGGCCAGGUUUUCCUGUAGGCAUGGCAGUCAGACCAGUAGGUUGCGGCAUUAGUCCUGGUUGCUGAGAAUUGAAGCCUGUAGCUUGUGACAACAGGCCCGUUUGUUGAGGAGCAAAACCGCCUGUUCUUUGCGGCAUAACGCCGGUCGUUUGGGGCUGGAGCCCUGCUGUAUUCUGUGAACCAACUGGCACGAGACCACUGGUCUGCUGCGCAGUCAAUGGAAUAAAAGUGCCCGUCUUCUGGGCCUGCAGAGGAGCUCCGGUCUGCUGUGGUUGCAAGCCAAAGCCCGUCUGCUGGGACUGCAAAUUGAACCCAGUUUGUUGCGGUUGCAAGUUGAGUCCGGUGCGCUGGGGCUGCAGGCCCGUCUGCUGUUGCGUGAAACCGGUUCUCUGAGGCUGUAAGCCAAACAUGCCUUGAGUCUGCUGCGGCUGGAUACCGGUCUGCACACCAAAGCCUGUCUGUUGCGGUCUGAGACCAGUGGCUUGAGGCUGCAAUGGUUGCGACUGGAAACUGGUCUGCGGGAAUGACUGGAUGCCUGUUGGCUGGCUAAAGAGCAUCUGGUUGAACGACUGCUGAGGAGCCGAGUCGUUGACGGAAAAGUUAAUUGCGUCGACAAAGCUGCUGACCUCGUUUUUAAUUUUCAGUGGCAGCUCGUAUGGCACCUGCUCUCCCUUUGAAGCAAUGUUGCACAGGUGCAGCGCCAAUGCAAACUCGGGAAAGAGCAGUCGUCCUGAGCGAGUGGUGUCGGCCAAAGCCCAGAUAUCCGCCAGCUUCGUGGCGCUCAGACCAGAUUGCAUCAUGAUUUUUUUUGCGGUCUGGCCAUCGAUCGAGUUCUCUCCCCUAGGAACGUUCACCCGGAAAACGUGCUCGAACCGCUCCUGUUCCUUUGCAGUGAUGAACGAGAGUCUGAUAUUGGGGAUUUUGAUAUCCUUGUUUUCGUUUUCCGAGCUUGUCACCAACGAAGAAGUGAAACCAGUCUGUUGCGGCUGCAAACCGGACACACCAGUUUGAGAUUGCCAGCUGUUUUGGAUUGGCUGGUUGCCUCCAAAAGACGUCCGUGGCUGGAACCCGGUCUGGGUGGCAGUCAAUGGCUGAAACCCUGUCUGCUGGGUCGCCAACGAGGGCUGGUACCCGGUUGCCUGGGCAGCCAUUGGCUGAAGUCCGCCUUGAUAUCCCGCCUGGAAAUCCUGUCUUUGGUAAGCCUGCUGCUGAGGCUGCUGCUGAGGCUGUUGCUGAGACUGUUGUUGGGGCUGUUGUUGGGGCUGCUGAAACUGCCAGUUCUGUUGGGGCUGGAAUUGACUGUUCC